AUGGGUAACACUACAAAGUGUUCAUCAAAACCUUCAUCACCUUCGAAAAGCACUUCACCAUUGUAUAAACUUAAAACAAGUAGUCCAUUAUCAACUCGUAUUCACCAUUGCAAUGGGCAAACUUAUGUUCAACCAUUGUUUCCUCAUUUUAAAAAUAAAGGUAAUAUAUUCAUUUCUAUUGAUUCAAUUGUUGACUGACAGCCAUUGAUUACGAGCAAGCACCACAAGUGAUUUUCAAGAGUUCUCUUGUAUUAUUUUUUUUUAUUCACUUGAAUUUAACUAUCAACGUUCUUUACCUAAUUGGACUUGACACAUAUCAAAUGUUUAAAUAUCGUAGAAAAGAUUAAAUUGAACAUGUAUAUAACCAUUAGUAUGCGUAAAAAAUGAAGAAAUGAAUACCUAUUAUACACAUAUCGAUAACAUAAAGGAAAGCAUGAUGUAAUUCUUUUCUUUCUUUCUCUUUCUUUUUUUCUGUCUAUUUGAUCAAAAAAAAAGAAAAAGAAAGA